UCCUCCGAGUUAGGCCUUCGUGAGCUCCAAAAAAGAGAGAGAGAGAGAGAGAGAUUCCAUCAGAUCCGUCUUUAGCGUAGGGUUUUCGAGGAGGAGGAGAAGCUCCUGAAGGAGCCAUGGAUCGAUCUAUGCGAAAUCGCAGCUCCGGGAUCAUGUUAGGGCUCCUGCUUACAGGAUGUCUCUUUGCAUUUUCAAUUGCAAAAGAAGAAGCCACCAAGUUGGGGACAGUUAUUGGUAUAGAUUUGGGCACCACCUAUUCAUGUGUUGGUGUGUACAAGAAUGGUCAUGUAGAAAUCAUAGCCAAUGACCAAGGGAACCGUAUUACACCAUCCUGGGUGGCUUUCGCUGAUACCGAGAGAUUAAUUGGUGAGGCUGCAAAGAACCAGGCAGCUUUAAAUGCAGAGAGGACGAUUUUUGAUGUUAAAAGGCUUAUUGGAAGGAAGUUUGAUGACAAAGAGGUACAGAGGGACAUCAAACUUGUGCCAUAUAAGAUUGUGAACAAGGACGGAAAGCCUUACAUCCAAGUCAAAAUCAGAGAUGGGGAGGUCAAGGUUUUUAGUCCUGAAGAGAUUAGUGCCAUGAUUCUAACUAAGAUGAAGGAGACAGCUGAAGCAUUCCUUGGGAAGAAAAUCAAGGAUGCUGUUGUCACUGUCCCAGCUUACUUCAAUGAUGCUCAGAGGCAGGCAACCAAGGAUGCCGGCAUUAUAGCUGGUUUGAAUGUUGCUAGGAUAAUAAAUGAACCAACAGCUGCGGCUAUUGCCUAUGGUCUUGAUAAGAAAGGUGGGGAAAAGAACAUCCUUGUUUUUGAUCUAGGUGGAGGGACAUUUGAUGUCAGUAUCUUGACUAUUGAUAAUGGAGUUUUUGAGGUUUUGGCCACAAAUGGUGACACUCAUCUUGGAGGUGAAGACUUUGAUCAGAGAAUCAUGGAAUACUUCAUCAAAUUGAUCAAGAAAAAGCAUGGAAAGGACAUCAGCAAGGACAAUAGGGCUCUUGGGAAGCUGAGGAGGGAGUGUGAGCGUGCCAAGAGAGCUUUGAGCAAUCAACACCAGGUCCGGGUGGAGAUUGAGUCACUAUAUGAAGGCCUGGACUUCUCCGAGCCUCUGACCCGAGCCCGGUUUGAAGAGCUAAACAAUGAUCUCUUUAGGAAGACCAUGGGACCUGUGAAGAAGGCUAUGGAAGAUGCUGGACUGGAGAAAACCCAGAUUGAUGAAAUUGUCCUUGUGGGCGGGAGCACCAGGAUUCCAAAGGUUCAACAGCUUCUGAAGGACUAUUUUGAUGGGAAGGAACCUAACAAGGGCGUGAACCCAGAUGAGGCAGUUGCAUAUGGGGCAGCUGUCCAAGGAGGCAUUUUGAGCGGGGAGGGUGGUGAAGAAACUAAAGAUAUUCUCCUGUUGGAUGUGGCACCUUUAACCCUUGGAAUUGAGACCGUUGGUGGUGUGAUGACCAAGCUGAUUCCAAGAAACACCGUCAUCCCAACCAAGAAAUCUCAGGUUUUCACCACUUAUCAGGAUCAACAGACUACCGUCUCCAUUCAGGUCUUUGAGGGUGAAAGAAGUCUCACAAAGGACAACAGGAUGCUUGGGAAGUUUGAUCUAAGUGGAAUUCCUCCAGCUCCCAGGGGCACACCUCAGAUUGAAGUCACAUUCGAGGUUGAUGCCAAUGGUAUCCUGAAUGUGAAAGCAGAAGAUAAGGGGACGGGUAAGUCGGAAAAAAUCACCAUCACCAACGACAAGGGGCGUCUUAGUCAGGAAGAGAUUGAACGUAUGGUUAGGGAGGCGGAGGAGUUUGCUGAGGAAGACAAGAAAAUAAAGGAGAAGAUUGAUGCCCGCAACCAGCUGGAGACGUAUGUCUACAACAUGAAGAACACGAUCAACGAGAAAGACAAGCUUGCUGACAAGCUUGAGAGUGAAGAGAAGGAGAAGAUUGAUGCAGCUCUUAAGGAUGCCCUUGAAUGGCUUGAUGACAAUCAGAAUGCCGAAAAAGAAGACUAUGAUGAGAAGCUGAAGGAGGUCGAGGCUGUAUGCAACCCCAUCAUCUCUGCUGUCUAUCAGAGAUCUGGUGGUGCCCCAGGGGGAAGCGCGGAUGAGGAUGACUCCCAUGAUGAGCUUUAAACCUUCUUCGCUUUUUGAGGGUCAAAGUAGUGUAGAUGACGCCAGACUAAAGCGUAUCUUGUAAUUUUUGUCUUAGUUUGAUUUAAAGUGGAAGAGUGUGGAGCUUAGACAGGAAACAGAAGGGUGGCAUGGCACGAGUGCUCCUUCAUUUGGAUUUUUCUUCUUUUAGAGACUUUGUUUGACAAUUUGUCCAAGUAAGAUGGAAAGCAGUGUUGCCAUUGAAA